CAAUUUGCUACAGGCUAAAUCUUCAAUACAUUUUGUCUUUUAUCUUGAAGAAAGCACCGCCACUAGAUUUUAUCAGCAGCAUUAGACAAAGCACUUGUCAUUAAGUAAAAUGAUUGACGAAAUAACCAUAUGGGAGUGCAAUCAAAUCAAUACAGGAACACAUUGAAAACCAAGUUGGAGGGGAAGCAGGAUCAGGCUGUUCUCUUAUGCUUUCUUUGAGUGUGCAUAGAUUGCAAUGGCAGAUGAGGAUGUCGUAGGGGACCGUGAACCACUGCUUACACAGGAGGGUUUGAGGAGUAGAAUUAGCUUGGUAUUCCUCAAGUUCAUUGGUGCCUUCUUAUUGGCCAGUGCACUUUUCUACCUCCUCAUCGACAACUUAGAUGCAGACUCCCUGUCAUCGGAGGAACAAGAUGCAUUAAGUAUCAUGAGGCCUUUGAUGAAGGAAUCAAGUGUUCAAGAACAUUUGUUAGAUAAAGUAUGUGAUCUUUCCAUUGGAGAGUGGGUACCAAAUUCCGCAGGACCUGCAUACACAAAUAAAACAUGCAAUCGAAUACCACAACAUAAUAACUGUCUGAAGAAUGGGAGGCCUGAUAGAGGUUACCUUUACUGGAGAUGGAAACCAAGAUUCUGUGACCUACCUCCCUUUGAUCCGGUGACAUUUAUGCAUGCAAUGGGCAAUAAAUCAUGGGCAUUCAUUGGCGAUUCCAUUUACCAAAACCAUGUGCACUCCUUACUCUGCCAACUCUCUCAGGUAGAAGCACCUCAUGUUAUCUAUCAAGACCUAUCCUUCAACAUAAUAUGGCACUUUCCAUCUUACAACAUCAAAAUCUAUGAGAUUUGGUCUCCCCUUCUGAUACAAUAUGAGACUAUCCAUAACGAUGUGGAUUUUUCAAAAAUCAUGAUACGCCUUCAUCUGGACAUCCUGGAUAGCAGCUGGACCAGAUUUUAUAACCUGUAUGACUAUGUGGUGAUCGAGUGGCAGCAGGUGGUUUUGACAAGCCAAGCAUUAUAUAUGAGAAAAAAACAAAGCCAUUGGCUGCCAUUACUGACAUGGUCACCAAUGCACUAUGAAGAUGGAGAGUUGCCUAAUGAAAGAGUCCGUACGGUGCCCUACCAUCCAUUUGAUGGUGAUAAUAAGAAGAAUGUUGAAAAUGACUGCAAUCAUUGGUGCUUGCCAGGUCCUAUUGACACUGUGAAUGACAUGCUAAUGAAGAUGGUCAUGAAUGGAGAUGCUCAUGACCCCGAUUCUGCUAUCCUCUAGAAUGCUGGACCUUUCCAAUUAUUAUAUUUUCAGUUUCUAGAUAAGUGGUGUUUAUGUUCAAGAUUCUACUUCCGUUCACUUUCAGUCUUUAUACUCAUUUUUGUCCGCGUAUAUUUGAAGGACAACUCCAACAAUUUAUAAUGCUCCAUAUUUGUUUUUUAUUUUUUA